ACUAGCCGGUAAACUGGUGGUUUUCACCUCCUAUAUCGCUUCUCCAGUCGCCGCACACAGUCUCAUCUCUCCCCCGUACUCCUGCUCCACCUCCGACCUCGUGGACUCGAGAUUUACCCGCGUUCCAGGGGUGCAUCGCUGCCUUCUCCAAUCCCCAGUUGAAGCAUUAUACCAAAUAUAUCAUUUUCCCCUUUCGUCCACCGUCCCCUCCAUCUUAGCCACCGAGCAUGAUGGCAACAGGAACCGGUCGUCUCGAACCUCAAGAGGGCAUAAUGUCCUUUGGCCAGGAAGAGCCAAAUGCCAAUAUGUACAGCCAAGCCACGAGUGAAGAAGAGCUCCAGGAUAAAUGCUCGCACUCAAGAGCCGUUCCACUUCGUUACCAUCACCAACCCGAAUCAGUCGAAAGCCCAGCUCAAAUCCAUCCGCUCCCAUGUUAUGAUGAACUUUCUACAGAAGAAGGAUGCGGCCACUCUAAGUCAUGGCGAAUCCAGUUCAAAGGUGGAAGGCCAACCUAGCGAAAUAGAGCUACAAUCGUCGAGGCAGCCUGCUCCGUCUCGAAGCACCCUUGAGAUCGGUACGCACCCUUGCAGUGUAACACCAGGGCAUCAAAUGGUCAUUGCAGCAGGCCGUCCGAAGGCGGUGUCACAGGGUCUCAGUCGAUAUUAUACAGCGCAUUUGCAGCUCGCUCGUCAAGGACUCUUGAGCUCAAAAGGUCACGCGGAGAAGAAGUUUGUCGAAGAAGUUAAAGAAGCCUGCCGUUUGGUCGAGGCGCUCCUUUUAAGUGGCACCGAACCAGGGAUGAUAAUCGAUGGCGGAAUCGACACGUUCCUCGCUAUGCCUCAGCUGGGCAGGUCGGGUAUCAAUAUCGCUCGUCUGAAAAUGCACACGGCGCACGCAUUUUCAUCCAAGGGCAUGAAUAUAUAUUGGAUGCCCACUCUGAUCAAGCAUCGACUUAGCUUCCUUAGUGGCAUCAUUCUUGGAGCCGUCCACUUCGACACCGUGAAUGGAUUGGUAGGGGAAAGCGCCAUUACAAUUGCGGUGAAAAUUCAGGUUAUGAACAUGCUUUCAGAAGCCUUGUCUGAUCCGGAGAGAGCAAAGCACGACGUGACUAUGAUGACUGUCGCGCACCUAGCUCUCAGUGAAGUCAUCCGCGGAGACGAAUGGACCAUCUCAACCCAUACGAAAGGGUUGCGGGAACUGGUAUUUACUAACGGAGGACUAUCCAACAUUGGCAUGAAUGGUGUAUUGGCAGUCACUGCAUGCUUGGCUGUGUACUUUUCAGCCGGGUUUCGUGAAAGGCUUCCUUGGAAAGAGUACAUGGAUUAUAUCCCGGUGAACCCUCGCCUGAUACGCCGGGAUCCAAGUAAAACCAUCGUCGAAUCGCCACUCUACUGUCCGAGAGACGAUUUUUUCACGGUUCUUCGAUCUAAAAGGUGUACUCCUGCGAUAUACGAGCUCAUCUGUGACGCGCGCGACAUGACCAACCUCUUCGUCGAACCCAAUGAAGAUUCCUACGAUGGGCAUACCGCGCCGUUCUGCAGAUCAACUUCCUAUGAGAACGUCAAGUCCUCAACAGCUCACGAAUACCCGGAGUCUAAUCAGCAAUACAACCGACGUUCACAUGAAACCAGGCUAAUGACCAUAUACGAUCUUCACACCCGUAUUUUAUCAGCGAAAGCUGCUGCACACAACCUUCCUCCGGGAACUCGACCGGACAUGGUGUACGAAGCUAUACGACUAACCGCUGUCUUGUAUUCCUACGCAAUUGUCAACAAAGUCCCUCUUUCUGUCGCAUCUCGAACUGCCACAGACCCAGCGACAGGACCCGACGCUCCGCGCUCAACCCCACCGCCAAUCAUCGGUGCCGAUGGAAUUACGAGAGAUGCUCCAAGGGGGCCGAGGCGACAGCCCAACCUCGCCAUGCGAAUCCGCGAGGCAUUAGAAGCGAGCGGCACCUCGGAUUUCUGGGGCGAUAUGGCUGGAGUCCUGCUCUGGUGCGUUUCUGUAGGUGCCGUUGCCUCCAACCCCGCUCGGAACUUCAAUUGCAGCUCUUCUGCUCGCCCCUCGGAUGCAGCAACAACUAUGGGAAUGGAUACUCCGCAACCCUUCACUUCAUCCACCGACGAGCGGUUCGACAUCCCCAGCAACUCGGCAGCCAUGUCUAAUGUCGGGUUUGGCAGCAUUGGUCCCCUGCUGAGCUUUUCCCAGAGACCAAGCGACGACAUGAUUCGAGACUACUUCAACUCCGAUGGGCAGAUCGGGACCUCCACACCCCCCAUUUCAUCUUCGACCAUAACACCUGCAUUUUCCUCACCUUACCCCUUUUCACCAGGCCACUCGGAUUUCAUCUUCCCUCGCUCUACCCUCUCCUCUGCUUGCCUCGGACCCAACCCAGUCGUCACAUGUUCCGAUGCAUAUAGCUACCCAAGCCACCCGGACACCUUUUCUGCGCUGGACGCAGAUCCCCGCUCCUCUACAUUCGACCUUUCCGCUGCUCCCUCCUUCGAUCCCAUCCCCGGAAUCUUUCCCGCCACUCAGAGUGGUUCAUAUUCUUCGACCCUUGACUUAUGGUCCCAGGCCCCAGGAAUUCGAGACGUACCCAUCGACAAUCUGCAAGAAGACCGUGCUCGAAGGUGGUUCUCGAUGAUGACGAUUCGCGUCGUCAUCCAAUGCGGAUUUGGAGAGAAGGCUGAAUACAUGAGUGCCGCAUGGAGAAAGUUACUCGAAGUCCUGAAGGUCAUCGGCUCGCAGCCGCUCGAUGACUGAGGCAAAUCGAGGGAUUUGUAGCGGUGGGCUACAUCUUAUAUACCAAAUGUUUGACUUGUUUUGGGAUCUGGAGCACGGGAGAUUCGGUUAAAGCGCUGUUAUAGCAAAAGCGAACCUGUUGGCGGGAUGGCUAUGGAUACAUUUGAAAGACUUGCGUCGACUACUGUCUUGUAACACUUCCGACCACACUAUCAUACAGAUAUUAGAUGUCCUAACGAUCGAUCUGUAAUGAUCCGACUCCCGGUCACUGUUUGCGGGCCUGAACCACCCAAUCCCGCUCAUACCAAAAUAAUGAUAAGUUGAGAUACCUUCUUAACCAACG